CGAUACGAAUUCAUAAAUGUGAAAAACUUAUUGAAGGAAGAACCGUUCGUGAUGAAAACAACAAGCAAUGCGAUUGGUUACGAGGGCUUCUGCAUUGAUUUGUUGAUUGAAAUGUCAAGAAUCCUCAAAUUCGAUUUCAAAAUUAUUGAGGUUUUGGACGGUACUUAUGGGAUCGAGGAUGAAACAGGGAAAUGGAAUGGACUUAUCGGAGUUCUUCAGAGGCGUGAGGCUGAUCUGUCGGUUUCAGCUGUCACCAUUACGUAUAGCCGUGCCGAAGUUAUUGAUUUCACUUUGCCCUUCAUGCAUUUGGGAAUAUCGAUUCUGCUGGCAAAGUCAACGGAUCUUCCUGAGAAGAGUGAUCUCUUUACAUUCUUACAACCGUUGUCUUUCUCGGUUUGGAUGUCACUAAUGGUCUCGUAUUUUGUCGUCUCGUGUACGAUGUGGUUAUUGGCGAAAUUCAGUCCUUAUGAAUGGUUCGUUUGUUAG